AUGCCGCCGGAGGAAAAUGGAAAGGCUAAAGCCACAGUCGUGGACAUGCCAGAAAAUCCAGUUAAAAAUUUAACUGUCGAAGAUAUGUAUGAUAAGGAAAAAUAUGAUUUAUCGACUAUGGAAGAAGGUGACGUGUUCAAAAUGCUUGAGGCUACGCGUGAUGGUUUAACCGAUGAAGAGGUUCAGGAGCGUUUGGAGAAGUUUGGUCAUAAUCGAAUUGAUCAUAAAGAGAAAAGUCCAAUCAUCAAAUUUCUCUUAUUCAUGUGGAAUCCACUUUCGUGGGUCAUGGAAGCUGCUGCUAUUGUUGCCAUCGCUGUGUCGAAUGGUGGUGGUGAACCACCCGAUUGGGAAGAUUUUCUUGGAAUUAUUUUGCUUCUUCUUGCUAAUUCAAUCAUUGGUUUUAUCGAACAGAGCAAAGCUGGAAAUGCAGUGAAAGCAUUGAUGGAAGCUUUAGCACCAGAGGCGAAAGUGAAACGAAAUGGUGAAUGGAAAGUCAUCGAUGCAGCGGAUUUGGUUCCAGGUGAUAUCAUAAGCGUUAAAUUAGGUGACGUCGUACCAGCUGAUGCUCGAUUAACUGCUGCACAUGGUGGUGUUUCAAUCGAUGAAGCAGCACUAACAGGCGAGUCGCUUCCUGCUGACAAAGUCGUUGGCGAUCAAGUCUUCUCGGGUUCAACAUGUAAACAAGGUGAAGCUGAAGCUAUCGUUAUUGGAACUGGUCUCAAUACGUUUUUCGGUCGAGCAACGAAAUUAGUCACAAGUGCUGGUGAUGAAACUGGUCAUUUACAAACUAUUCUUGCCCAUAUUGGUAAUUUUUGUAUAUGUGGUAUAGUUAUAUUCAUUGUUGCAGAAAUUCUGGUCAUGUACGCUGGCUUCCGAUACGAUUAUCGCCGUGGUAUUAACAAUCUAUUGGUACUUUUGAUCGGUGGCAUUCCAAUUGCUAUGCCAACAGUCUUGUCGGUCACAUUGGCCAUUGGUGCUAAACAAUUAUCUCAACAUAAAGCAAUUGUAACACACGUAACAGCUAUCGAAGAGCUUGCUGCCGUGACAAUUUUAUGUUCAGAUAAAACAGGAACAUUGACAUUAAAUAAACUUGUUAUUGACAAGCCAACAGUCAAAACAUAUUCAGAUGAAACAGGAGAUGACAUUAUCCACUAUGCCGCCAUUGCAUCUCGUAUGGAAAAUCAAGAUGCUAUUGAUACAUGUAUUACAAGUACUUUUGGCGAUAUUAAAAAAGUACGAGCAGGUAUUGAAGAAUUAGAUUUUAAACCAUUUAACCCGACAAACAAACGAACGGAAAUCACUUACAAAUUGACUAGCGAUGGAAGUGUACAUCGAAUCAGUAAAGGCAUGUCGCAUUCGAUAUUGGAUUUAUGUACACGAGACAAAGAUGAUGCACAAAUUAGACAACUGAAUGCUGAUGUUGAUGAAUUCGCACGACGAGGUUUACGAGCUCUAGCUGUUGCCAUUGAAGAUGUACCAAGUGGACAAACCGAUGGUGAAGGAAAUGGAUUUAAAUUAAUCGGUCUUCUACCCAUCUAUGAUCCACCACGUAGUGAUACGAAAGAAACCAUUGAUCGUGCUGUCGAAUUAGGUGUCAAAGUCAAAAUGAUCACUGGUGAUCAACUGGCUAUCGCGAAAGAAACAGGUCGACGACUUGGUAUGGGCGACAAUAUGUUUCUGUCGAAAACACUUACAGAAGGACCACCCGUUGAAUCAGGCUACAAGGAUGUUGAUGACUUGGUCUUACAUGCUGAUGGUUUUGCUGGCGUCUAUCCUGAACACAAACAUAAAAUCAUUGAGAAGCUACAAGAAUUAGGUCACACCGUUGCUAUGACUGGUGAUGGUGUUAACGAUGCGCCGGCUCUUGCUAAAGCCAAUGUCGGUGUCGCUGUAGCUGACGCAUCUGAUGCAGCACGUUCAGCAGCAGAUAUUGUCUUGACUGAACCUGGUCUAUCAGUUAUCAUCGAAGCUAUUAUUGGUUCACGCCAAAUCUUUCAACGUAUGAGAAACUACGCCAUUUACACAUGUUCAAUCACGAUUCGUAUCCUAGUCGGAUUUUCGAUUCUUAUCUUUGCUUUUAAAUUUGAUUUUCCAUCAUUUAUGGUACUUAUUCUUGCUAUACUCAAUGAUGGCACAAUCAUGACAAUAUCCAAAGAUCGUGUUAAACCAUCACCUUACCCAAAUAGCUGGAAUCUUUCAGAAAUCUUUACUUAUGCUAUUAUGUACGGAAUCUACUUAGCUGCAUCGACAGUUAUCUUCUUUGCUGUCAUCGUUAAAACAAACUUCUUCCAAGACCAUUUUGGUGUCGAUCUCUUUGUAGAAAAUUCUCAAUCAGCAAAUCCUCCCGGAUACAAUCAUCCGAAAUUGCAUUCCAUUAUUUAUUUACAAGUAUCGACUAUAAGUCAAGCUUUGAUAUUUAUUACCCGUUCACAGGGUCUCUUCUUUACGGAACGACCAUCUAUUAUUUUAGUUUGUGCUUUUAUAAUUGCACAACUUGUAGCAACAUUCAUUGCCGUUUAUGCUACAUGGGGUUUUACUGAGAUUCAGGGCUGCGGAUGGUCAUGGGCAGGUAUCGUUUGGAUAUGGAAUGUAAUUUGGUUCUUCCCAUUAGAUGGCCUUAAGUUUGCUCUUCGUGCCUAUUUCGAACCUAAACAUAGACAAGUUAUCGAAGAAACUUUUGCCAAAGAGCCGUCAACACAAGCACAAAUCACUCGUCGUAAAAGUACUAUCGCUGGCUCUGCUGGUCGUCAACCAUCACGUCGAUCAACGAUGGGUGCUAGUGAGUCUGGACGUUCACGACGGGAAACACUUGCUCAAGCAGCUGCUAAAUAUUAUGCACCGAAUCUCCAACAUCUGUCCACACAACAUCAUCAUCGAAAUUUCGCUCGAAUGUUGAAAGUCGACGGUGCGGAAGCGCCAAAAGUUGUAGUUGAUCAUGAUGAACUUCGACGUUUUUCACUUGUACAGGCUCAUCAUGCAUCGAAACUACUUCACACCCCGAGUUUAAACGCAAAUCGUCGAACAACAACUGCGGUGUAG